CAUGAGAAUAAGCAACGCAGGCUACUGAUUUCGAAUCAUUGCCAUUUCAGCUGCGCCACAUACCACAGAUGAGCAUCACCGACACACCUCAUCUGGUCCAUAACGGCGGCCGCGCUGCUAAUCCCUCUCCUGUCAUUCGUAUCACUCAGCUGGCAUCGUCCUCUGCAUUUGUCCCAUGCAGCUCAUUACAUGACUAUGCAUCAAAGGCCAGAUUCGGGCUCAGCUCGAAAUGCGACCGCGAGAUGUAGUCUUGACUUGCAUUCACUUGCAUGCUCUACUUAGAUACCGCGUCGACGUUUUCCCUCCUGUCUCUUGUUGAACAACCAGCGAAUAGCUUAGAUUCCCGUCAUGGACACUCAGUCGUUCGAGUUCCAGGAGAACUUCUCCUUCUCACUUGUUGAAGGCUUGCCCCGAAAACCUAGCGCGCAACCGUCACGCUUUUGGAAGGCACUAUCAUACACCUUCCUACCCAUCCUGGCCGGAGGGACUGGCAGCCUCGAAGAUGAGGGGCAGGCACUGUUUGUGGCUGCGCAAGGCCAGCCUGGAAUCCCGGAAGGAAGGACGCUACCUCAGGAAGUGACGAACUACCAAGUCUUCAUCAAGACGGAUGUGAUUCAGACUAUCAACCGCCCUUCAUACUCAGCAUCCAACGGGCGGUCGUACUUUGAACUUCUCUACAGGUACCUCCGUUAUGCUACAGCUGGCGCCGAGACUCCGGACAUACGCAACGCUCGAAAGGCGUUGUUUGAUGCAGAAGCGAAGAAGGAAGCAGCGUGGAAAGCCGCUCUACAUGCCUUUCGCCCUACAGCCGCAACGUCCUUCGUGGAUGCAUUGAGUCAUGACAAAGCGUAUCUGGAUGCAUGGAAUGUUGAGCAGCAACGUUUUAACGAAUACAAGUCUCUGCAGACACCAGAAAUGGAAGAUAUGCUGAAGCAGCUCGAUAUUACCAAGUCUGCAAAUGACCGGCUCUUAUACAAGAUCAACAAUACGAUGCCUUGUAUUGGCCUGAGCGAGGAUCAAACUGUGCCAUUGGAACCCUUACAGGUGGACACCAAAGAUGUCUUUUACCGUCCACGCCACUCCCUUAGUGACUAUGAACGACAGUACGCGGCGUGGCUUGGUCAAUCCAAAAUGCUAGCAGGGCCUUACCAUGUUCAUCUGGCCGAGGUGGAUACUCUGACAUGGGCAGGAUUGGGUCAUCCCGACCUUGACCAAGCAAAGCCACUCGACGUCAGCUCUAUUGCAAUGGAUCUAUACAAGAUCAUUGACGUACAGCUGUGGUUCAUGGGUGGGCCUGCCGCAGCUGUCGACGUCGAAAGAGGACUGUGGAACUACCAAGGCUUUCGAGACCUGGGUAAGCUGUCUGAGGAUGCACCCUCAUACUUGCGAGAGCCCUUUUGUAAGACUACAAAAUUGCUGCUUGCUUGGGGUCUGCGCAUGGAGAUCAUGUUUCCGUCUUUCGUGUCUGAAAUGGAUCGUAGAAGCUUCAUUGCGUCUUUGAGAUUUCCGUUUCGACAGGAUGAGCACAACAAGGACAUGUACUUUAGUCAGUCUGGCGCAGACACGUAUCCAGUAUUACUAGCUGCGCUCGCUGAUAUAGUUUAGUAUGCCAAGUAGGCAGAUCGAAUGGUUUCUUCUUGAUGCAACCGUACACUGUUUCAGAUGCUAUGGAUUAAUCAUCAAUUCUACCGAAAAGCUUCACGAGUCAGUCUCAACC